AUGAGAUUGAUGUACAAUAUUUCAUUAGAGGUGCCGGGAUUUAGCACCACACACAAUAUUGAUAGUAAUAGUAGGUUGUUACACGGACGUGUUACCUCAGACAAUACUCCCAACCAAGUUUUUAUAGGAAAAGAUACCACCCUAAACAUCGAGGGCUUUAAUAGUAAUAACACCUUCAUAAAAGAUGGUAGUAAAAUUAGAAUCAUUACUUACUAUAAUGGUGCUGAUAUUGAUAAUAGCAUUUCAGAUUUUUGUUCAAUGUUCGCCGUAAUAUGUUUACUUGACAAUGGCAAUUAUGAAGAUUAUAAUGUUACAACUGCAACUUCAACUUCACCUUUCAUUGAUAAUCUCCAUUACCCUUACAAUUUCAAUUAUACACAAACUACCUUCAUUUCCCGCCAAACUGUUAGUAUAAAUGAAACUGAUUUUCAACAACUUAUUCUUGUUACUGAUCCUAAUGACGAUCCAAUAGGGUGCACAACUAUGAAUUUUACCGUUAAAUCUCUUUCUCCAAAAAAGCCAACAAAGCUAACAAUGCCAAAAGUCACUAUAUUAAAAUAG